CGGCUCCCGAGGAGAGGGAGGAGGAGAGGAGGAAGGAGGCGGACUCUGGGCCCCGGCCCCAUUCAUUGCCGCGGCCGGGCGGGCGAGGGUCCCGUGUUUUCGGAGUCAUGGAGGCGCUAAUUCCUGUUAUCAACAAGCUCCAGGAUGUCUUCAACACGGUGGGCGCCGACAUCAUCCAGUUGCCUCAGAUCGUUGUGGUGGGAACGCAGAGCAGUGGAAAGAGCUCAGUGCUAGAAAGCCUAGUGGGGAGGGACCUGCUUCCCAGAGGCACUGGUAUUGUCACCCGGAGACCUCUCAUUCUACAACUAGUCCAUGUUUCACCCGAAGAUAAGCGAAAAACAACGGGAGAAGAAAAUGACCCUGCUACAUGGAAAAACUCAAGACACCUUUCUAAAGGGGUUGAAGCAGAAGAAUGGGGUAAAUUUCUUCACACCAAAAAUAAGCUUUACACGGAUUUUGAUGAAAUUCGACAAGAAAUUGAAAAUGAAACAGAAAGGAUUUCAGGAAAUAAUAAGGGAGUAAGCCCUGAGCCAAUUCAUCUUAAGAUUUUUUCACCCAAUGUUGUCAAUCUGACACUUGUGGAUUUGCCAGGAAUGACCAAGGUGCCUGUAGGUGAUCAACCUAAGGAUAUUGAGCUUCAAAUCAGAGAGCUCAUUCUUCGGUUCAUCAGUAAUCCAAAUUCCAUCAUCCUUGCUGUCACUGCUGCUAAUACAGAUAUGGCAACAUCAGAGGCACUUAAGAUUUCAAGAGAGGUAGAUCCAGAUGGUCGCAGAACCUUAGCUGUAAUCACUAAACUUGACCUUAUGGAUGCGGGUACUGAUGCCAUGGAUGUAUUGAUGGGAAGAGUUAUUCCAGUCAAACUUGGAAUAAUUGGAGUAGUUAACAGGAGCCAGCUGGACAUUAACAAUAAGAAGAGUGUAACUGAUUCAAUCCGAGAUGAGUAUGCAUUUCUUCAAAAGAAAUACCCAUCUCUGGCUAAUAGAAAUGGAACAAAGUAUCUUGCUAGGACUCUAAACAGGUUACUGAUGCAUCACAUCAGAGAUUGCUUACCAGAGCUGAAAACAAGAAUAAAUGUUCUAGCUGCUCAGUAUCAGUCUCUCCUAAAUAGCUAUGGUGAACCUGUGGAUGAUAAAAGUGCUACUUUACUCCAACUUAUUACCAAAUUCGCCACAGAAUAUUGUAACACUAUUGAAGGAACUGCAAAAUAUAUUGAAACUUCAGAACUAUGCGGUGGUGCUAGGAUAUGUUAUAUUUUCCAUGAGACUUUUGGGCGAACUUUAGAAUCUGUUGACCCGCUAGGUGGCCUUAACACUAUUGACAUUUUGACCGCCAUUAGAAAUGCUACUGGUCCUCGUCCUGCUUUGUUUGUGCCUGAAGUUUCAUUUGAGUUACUGGUCAAGCGGCAAAUCAAACGUCUGGAAGAACCCAGCCUGCGUUGUGUGGAACUGGUUCAUGAGGAAAUGCAAAGGAUCAUUCAGCACUGUAGCAAUUACAGUACACAGGAGUUGUUGCGAUUCCCUAAACUUCAUGAUGCCAUAGUUGAAGUAGUGACUUGCCUUCUUCGUAAACGGUUGCCUGUUACAAAUGAAAUGGUCCAUAACUUAGUGGCAAUUGAAUUGGCUUAUAUCAACACAAAACAUCCAGACUUUGCUGAUGCUUGUGGGCUAAUGAACAAUAAUAUAGAGGAACAAAGGAGAAACAGGCUAGCAAGAGAAUUACCUUCAGCAGUAUCACGAGACAAGUCUUAUAAAGUUCCAAGUGCUUUGGCACCUGCCUCCCAGGAGCCCUCCCCUGCUGCUUCUGCUGAGGCUGAUGGCAAGUUAAUUCAGGACAGCAGAAGAGAAACUAAAAAUGUUGCAUCUGGAGGUGGUGGGGUUGGAGACGGUGUUCAAGAACCAACAACAGGCAACUGGAGAGGAAUGCUGAAAACUUCAAAAGCUGAAGAGUUAUUAGCUGAGGAAAAAUCAAAGCCAAUUCCAAUUAUGCCAGCCAGCCCACAGAAAGGCCAUGCUGUGAAUCUGCUGGAUGUGCCUGUUCCUGUUGCACGAAAACUAUCUGCCCGUGAACAGCGAGAUUGUGAGGUCAUUGAACGACUCAUCAAAUCAUAUUUUCUUAUUGUCAGAAAGAAUAUUCAAGACAGUGUGCCAAAGGCAGUAAUGCAUUUUUUGGUUAAUCAUGUGAAAGAUACUCUUCAGAGUGAGUUAGUAGGACAGCUGUACAAAUCGUCCUUAUUGGAUGAUCUUCUGACUGAAUCUGAGGACAUGGCCCAGCGCAGGAAGGAAGCAGCCGACAUGCUGAAGGCAUUGCAAGGAGCCAGUCAAAUAAUUGCUGAAAUCCGAGAGACUCAUCUUUGGUGAAGAGAACUAUAGAAUAUGGGGACUUUGUUGACUCGAAAUUUGCUAGUUACUGCCUACUUGAGUAGAAUUUUAUUUAUGAACUCCUGUGUAUUACAAUGGUAUGAAUCUGCUCAUUGAAGAGACUGGCUAUAAACUGAAAAUUUUACUCUGUAUUGCAGAACAAAUCAUACAGUUAAUCCAAAUAAUAAAUGGCUGUUUCUAAAGUUGCCCAGUACCUAUAAAAUACAUCAAGUCUUUCUUGUGACCAUUUCAUUUGAACUUAAAAAGAGCUGUUAAAUGUUCUAGUUGUGCAAGCAGUUUGCCUGUGGAUAAGAUGACCUGUGUAAUCUGUUAGUAGUAUUAAAGCUGCUGCCCUAGUCCUGCAAGAAGAAUGCACAAGACACCAUUUCCUACAACUGUAAUGCAUGCACAAUAUAAACUGGUCUGGCUUUGAAAGAUGUGAGUUGACAGGUUACUCACAGUCAUUGUAUUCCACCUGUCCUUCGAUUUAUAGUUUUACUGAGCUUUGCUGCAGCCUUUGAUGUGUAAGAAAGCUGAAGGCACAAGAAGGUCUGGAACGUUGACAGUGACGCAGUGUGCAUGUGUAGCUAUGCAGCCCUUCCACUUCUGGGCUCACGCUACCCUAGUGAGUUAAAAAUCAAAGUAUCUUUGAUCCUUUCUUAAACCUGGAAGGAUGAAUUAUAUUGUUCUGCAUUAAAAAUCAUCUAGACUUGAUUUUCAAAUAUAAUAAUGCAGAUCCAUCUUUAAAUUAGAUCACUUACACCAUGUCCCAAGAUGCACUUGGAACUGGGACUUAAAACCAAAUCCUGUGGUGAUCACUGAAGUGUAUCUUCUCUAUCAGUUGGUUAAAAAAAAAAGUUACUUUUGCUUCACACCAACAAAAUACAUUAGAAAAUACUCUAUUUUAGAGUGGAACAAUAUAUAUAGAGUGGAACUCUAUAAUCUAAAGAAAAAUACCUGGACACAGCCACACAUCCGAAGGCUUAGGCUACUAAAAUGCAUUCAAAGAGGUUGGGGGUGAGGUUUAGAACGUAUUCACAUUUUAUUAAAAUUCCCCAGGUGAUUCUUGAUAUGAAUUACAUUAAAAUUUUUUAAAGAUAACGGGUCAAAAUCCUUAAGGCAUUUAGCUCCAUCUCUGACAGAUACUAUAUUUCCAUAAUAUAGAAUUUAUUGAAUAUGUUAACCUUUCUCCUAAGUUAUGACAUUUAUGAAGAACUCCUGGCAGGGAAAGCAUGUCUGGCAACUCAAGCUUACGGUACCCAUUUACUAGCAAACAACAGGCUCAGCAACUGACCUCAACCAUGAACAGAUUCAAUCUUCUCUAAUAUGGUACUCCUUUGAAUCUGUGAGCAGUACCUAUCUGGAGAGAAUGCACACUACCUAAACGUCUGUUAGCACACACUCUGAAGUCACUCUCCCAUUCUUCAACCUCAGUAGUCAUCCAUGACUGACUGACUUCAGAUACAUCAGAUGACUACCAUUUCAGCCUUUUAAAUUUGUAAGGGGGCGGGGAACUUAACAGGGCACCAUUCUCCACAUUAAACAUAUUUCAAAUUGGAAAUGUUACCUUUAAAGAUAGGUUAUGGUAAUGUACUUGCUGGCACUACACACCUUGUACAAGAAAAGCAGAGGCAAGAAAGGUUUGGAAAGUUAGAAAACCUUCCUUUGUUGGCUCUCAAACUGAGUGAAGCUCUGAUAUGUUUAGACGAUCUCUGACAUUUACAGUGGACACCUGUAUGUUCUUGCUAUGUAAAUAAAAUUGCUGGUAUGAAAUGACA